AUGUCUCUAGAAGAGGAGGCCAGUCUACGAGAUUAUGCUUGCUCUCGCGGCCUCACGAACAAUCAUCUAGCGCAUAACCCGCUUUCCCGCCUUGACUUGCAACCCUACGACUGCCAGUCAUCUGAGGGCUGCCCUGAGUUGUUCCAGAUCGAUGAGGGCAAUGGCACGCUUCCUGCCGAACGCAUAAAUAUAGAUGCAGAUGCACUGUCUCUGCUUGCUGCGGUGACUCGGUUCCCUCGAGAGCCGCCUGCACGUCUCAGCGAGAGCGUAGAUGCUGAUGUCUACCGCCACAAAGAGCUAAAGAUCGAAGCUCCGCUGCUCCGUACUGACCACGAUAUGGACAUGCAGCGUUUUGGAAAGGCGAUCAUUCCAGAUUUUGAAAAUGAGUAUCUACCGCUUGAAGCAAUCGAUAAUGAAGCUGGCGACGGCCCCGAAUGGCCUUCCAAGUACGCAAGACUUCCUGACCAACUGUGGGACCAAUUUCGUGCAGAAAAGAUUUCAGUAUCAAAUACAGAUCUCUGCUAUCUAGUGCAGACUUUGAAAUGGCACGAAGACAGUCCGCCGUUCGCAGGGCUUGAAGAUGAUGAAGCUCUACCUAAAUACCACAGGAAUGCUGUAUCCAAUCCUAUCACGCCACCGUUGCUUCCAAUGUCCCCAGAGACUUCACCAUACGUUCCAUCUUCGAAGACUUGGCAUCUAGAGAUGCUAUCAGAAGCAACAAGCCCGAUCAAGCAGGAGAUCAGGCAGGCUGAAGCAACCGUAUUCCGUCAUGAUGCUAUUCAAAUGAUGCCUAUUUCCUCAGCCCUUGGGUCGGUCAAACGUGGCAUUUACACAGGUUUUAGACUGAUGCCAUUCUUUAGUCCUCGGCCAAAAAUUUCAGAUAGAACGAUCGACUCCGAUAGCACUGGUGAGAUGUAUUGUCCACUCCUGGAGAUCAAGGAGUCGGUGUCUCCACCUCUGGUACCCAGAGUCCCCAUAGCAGAUCAUAAAGUGGAAGUGCCAUUACCUCUACGAUCGCCUCAGCCCCCGCCACCUUGGGCCGACAAUAGCGUGCCGUUCAGCAGUACGCUAGCCGAAAUCAUGCCCGAAUUGCCUGGACUGGUAUCAAGUCCAGAAAAGAACCCAGAAGAAGAGAUUAACACGUUUUUCGAGCACUGCGUAGCACCUCGUGCUGUUCAAGCCGAGAGAAAGAUAGAGCAAGAACAAUUGCAGGAAGCUGAUACGACGCAGAGGGUGCUGGUUCCAGUCAUGGAUUUCUCACUGCCUAAAGCUCCUUGGGAUAUCACCCUGAACGCGUUUGAACCUUCUGAGGCACUCGGAUGUUGCAUAAAUGUAUUAGUUGAUCUGACUUCAUCUGAUUUGAAGGCACACAUGUGGCAGCCCUGUGGCAAGAAAGAUCGAGAAUUGACCUGGGUCGCUAUUCCAUCUUCUCUAGCUAAAGUCGAUACACGUGAAAGUAUCGAAGAUGAUGGUUCCGCUGCAGCAAUCCUCGGAGCACCGGAAUGCGUGGAUCCGAAGGUGCUGCUUUGGAAACGUGAAGGCCUCCGUAUACUUGACGACUUGGAGGAUUCAGAUGGGGAGGAGCUUGAACUGGGCGUCUUCCCAAGUGGUAACGACCUGACAUCGUUGGUGCAGAAACGAAAUCUUGAGCUUGAUCAAGCUGCGAUAGCUUCAGGAGAUCACCUUGCUGAUCAAUUAGUUGGUGCAAAAGCCUUUGCCAAGCGAAGGAAGACCUUGACCUAUCAGGACCAUAGCUUGGACAAGCAAGAGAAGCCAGCAGACACGUCUAGAAGUCAUAAUGCUUGUAAUUUGCUUGACUUUCAUGCCCCCGCGCUCACCGCAUUAGGCGGCUAUAUGGGUGUCCGGAAGAAUGCCUUGACAUCGAGUCAGAUGGACGUUGAAUUUGACAAAACAUCAGACCAAUCGCAGCGUCCAGAGGAAAUCUUCAUUAGAGCCGAUAAUUCAAAAAACACUUGGGAAGCCAGAAGUCCGCUGCCAAAAGUUUUCAUGAUGCCAAAACCGGAUGUCAUACCUGAAGAUAUCAGACAGUUCAUGUUCUCGGAUUCGCUGUUAAGCAAUCGCAACCUCUCGCGACGUGUUUUGGCUUUGUAUCCUACAGCUCAGGUUAUUGAGAGGACUUGGCUCCCGCGUGCUGACAAGCAAAAGCUUCGAACGGAGCCAUCUGGAAGAGCUGAUGCCACGAUGACGGACCAUGUCUGUAGUGACGAAGUCGACGUGAUUCUCUCCCCGACUACUGGUCUGCUUCUCACAACCCUACAGAAACUCAAGCAGCGUUCCCUGCCUGGACAAGGCAAAACAUCUUCUCAUACCGAGCUGCAAGACCGUGUUGCUCAUGCGGCUAAACGGUUUGAAAGCCUCAUUUUAAUUGUCCAUCAUUCAAUGAGCUCAGCAACUUCAGCUGAUGACUUGAGUAGUAGUGACUGCGAUGCAUUGAGUGAAUUCACAGCGUUCUGCUCUGCACUCAAUUCCGGUGUGUCCAUCAUUCAAACCUUAGGCGAUGACGAGCACCUAGCAAGAUGGAUCGUGGCUAGCAUGGUCAAGCACAGCCUCUGCGAUAAUAAUUUCCAGCUCAUGCAAGAGGAAGGGGCUGCCGAGAUUUUCAUUCGCAAUGCAGGCUUGAAUGCAUAUGCCGCUCAAGUUGUACUUGCUGGAAGUAAGAACAUUUCAGCUAGAGGACCGUACACGCAAAAUGCACCCAGUGCGUUCGUGCACUUGUCUCUAGAUGAAAAGCUUAAGCAUUUCGAAUGUCUGGUGGGCCGUCGAAGUCUGGUCCGGCUCACAAACACCACGAUACCCGCUCCUCCAGCACAAGACGGUAAUCUGCCAUCCAACCUCCCACCACCCUGCGGUCUGCAGACGCAGGUUUGUAUUGCACCGGAUCAAGUCAGCUAUGUGUCUGAGCCUUUGGGAAUACUACCCAGGCCCUUUCGCAGUGCGAUCUGCUCUGUCUCAUACACAAAUGAUAAUGAUGCUCUUGUGUUCCCAAAUAUCACCACCAUAACGGAUCCGGCGAUACCAUCCACUGAUCGGGUAAGUGUUGGCAAACGGUGUGCUUUUGCUGCCUGCAAUAACGAACUACGUCAAGCGAAAUUAGGACAGACCGGCUUAUUCUUUGAUUUUACAGAAUCGUAG